AUGGUCAAACGCAAGAGCACCUCGGGACCUGACGAGCCCGUCCGUCCCACGAAAGAAACCAAAACAGCCAACACUGCUGUCUACUCCCACCAAUACAACAUCCCACUUCCACGCGAGGCUCUUGAAGGAGAACUUCUGGGCGAUGAGGCCGCGGCCAUCCCAAUCAAAACAAUGGGUGGCCAAAAGGCUAAGCCAGAGUUGCAAGAGCCAAUUCCCGUCAACAUCGACGGCCCAGUUCACCCAUACAACUGGCUGAGCUACUCAAACAAUGAGAGCGGCGAGACCGGCCUUGCGGCAUACCUUCUCUUCCGCCAUGUCAAAUGGCUUCGGCGGCUGGUGAUCAGCUGGCCGAUUCUGAUCAUGUUCAGCCUCUACGGCACAUGGAGCAGAGGGCUGACGAAGCUCGCCCCACUCGAGAUACUCGGCAGCGAGUCGACACGAAACGUCGUAACUGCAGUUACCGACCCCAUUAAGACCUGGCCCGUGAACGGCGAGGUUGACGCUUCAGGGACACUGAUUUGCCUUCCUCAUGAGAAAAACCGAGUUCACAAAAACUACCGGAUGGCCUGGAUUCUCGUGGGUGUGGUACAUCUGUGUAGGCACUACAAUGACCUGGGGGAUGAAAGAAACCACAGUCUGAACAAAUGGGGUCGUUGGGAAUUCAUGAAACAGUGGGGCGUGAUUCUCUCGCUGGAAGACCUCGAGAUACGGAUGCCUCAAUUUGGAUUCUGGGAGGACCGGGGUGAAACAGCCUUCGAGGCUUACAACAGAGCAUGGGAGAUCUUGAAGUAUCUCGGGGAAAUGCUCCCAGGGUAUCCGGGAGAUGAUUAUGUCUUCAUGGGCAGAGCCGAUACCUGGGCCAAGAGAAUGCAAACCCGGCAGGGCAUGGACGAAGGCUUCUUUACCCAGCAAGACAACCUCCCACCAUGGAUGAAGGAUGAUUGGGAUUCCGAAGAUGAGUGGGAUGAAGAUGAGUGGGAUCCUGACGACGAGCCACACCAUCAGGUCCCCACACACCCUGAGGCAGGAGAGACAGAACUUUGCGCCACUGAUCUGCUCCUCAGUUGGGACGAUAUCGGGGAAUCUAAGAAGUCUCAUGAUCUUGCGCUCGCAACCAACACGGGCACAGAGGCCGACGCCAAAACAGUCCGUGAGAAUCCCCUCAAGCGCAAACUCUCGGAAAAGGGCAAUGGAACCCUCAUCGUGGACGAGGGAGGGGAUGCGUGCCGUGAGCCUCCAUUCAAGGCUAGCGCCCCCCGGCCAAAUUCCCAAGCCUCGUUGGCUCAGUACCUCGAGGAUAGCGAGGAAGACUCCGAGGAAGACAUCUGGGAUGGACGGUCCAAGAGACGACGAACCCAGCCACCCAACUCUUCCCCUCAGCGAAAGAAGUCCAGUCACAAUCUGCUUUGA